UUACUCACACCGAUGCAGAGUGCGCAGAUCUAUUCAUAUACGAAAUUAGAAUGUGUGCGAGCCGAAGUCAAAGUUUGUUGUUGGUUCAAUUUUACACUGAGGUAAAACAUUUUUGACUCAUAAUCAGACACUGCGAAAAAUGUAUAUAGAAUUUCGUAAGCUAUGAACUAAUAAACCAAGUAGAAGACAGUUCCAUUGUGUGAUAUAGAGUUUCAUGAACGAUUUUAUGUCUUUCUCAACUGUUCUCUUGGCAUUGAAGUGUUUUUUAUUGCAUAUAUGUCUUCAAUAAUUGGCACGAUGCGGCUCGACAAAAUUCACUGGGUUAUUUCGACAUACUCACACUAGCAUUAACCUUUCAACAGCUAAGAAUAGCCACACCAACACAUUCGCACGUGGAUUGGACUAUAGAUCUGCGCACUCUGCAUCGGUGUUUUGUUUUAAACUGAACUUUGUAUUUAGUAAUACAAAAUUUUCACAAAUUUAGAAAUGGAAACAACCACCGAAAAAAACCCCUGCAUACUUGACCAAAACAGCAAAGCUGCAACGGAGUCGAACAAUAAUGAGUUAAAUACUGUUUCGGUACCACCGUCAUCAAAAAAUGAUAAAUGCUAUCAGGAUGCCAAAAAAUACUGGUCAAAUAUUUCACCCACCGUCGAUGGUAUGCUCGGGGGAUUUGCGAGCAUUUCGUUCACCGAUAUUCGAGCAUCGGAUCAGUUUUUGAAAAAUUUAUAUAAGUUGAAGCCGGCACCUGGAAAAAUGUGUGCGUUAGACUGUGGCGCCGGUAUCGGUCGAGUUAGUAAAAAUUUGUUGAUUCCGGUGUUUGCACAAGUUGAUCUGGUAGAACAGGAUGAAAAAUUUGCGCAAACUGCAAAACGAGAUCUGUAUUCGAGCGGGAAAUUGGGCACGGUGUUCAAUCAAGGGCUACAGGAUUUUAGUCCGGAAGAGUGCAAAUAUGAUGUCAUUUGGUCUCAGUGGGUGCUCGGUCACUUGACCGAUGACGAUACUGUUGAGUUUCUCACCCGAUGCCUUAAAGGUCUGAAACGAAAUGGAGUUAUAGUAAUUAAGGAGAAUUUUACCACCGGUACGCGCCCUGAGCCUGAUAAACAGGAUGCCUCGGUGACAAGACCUUUACCGUUGAUGAAGAAAUUGCUCUCGAAGGGAGGCUUUCGCGUUAUUAAAGAGCAGAAACAGAAGGACUUUCCUAGAGAUUUGUAUCCGGUUUAUAUGCUGGCGAUGAAGCCUGUAAUAAAUGAAUGAAGACAUUUUAA